AACGCAGAGGGAGAUAACGGUUUUUAAAAAGUGACUCCCCUGCUUCUGUUUGCCUGUCCUCACAUGAAAGCGGAGAAAAAGGGACGCGUGUGUUUGUCUCUGUUUACUUUGUUCCUUCCAGACUGAGAGGACUUACACCAUCAGGGGCGAUGAGAUGUGAGUGAGCUAUGCCUUGUGGAAAUGGACAGACUUUAUCCAAGCGAAAACAUGGCGUCUGCGUCCCGAGGUUCAGCUUCUUUUCCAGUCUUCUUUUGGCGCUGUGCUGCCUGGAGGUCUGGUGCUCCGGGACGCGGGGGGACGGCGGGACGAGCUGCAGCCCCUGUCCCGUUAACUGCAGCUGCGUACUCGCGGGGCCCCUGCACUCCUGCGUCGUCAACUGCUCCAACAUCGGGCUGGAGAGGGCCCCAGCUGCGGCCGACAUCCCGGAGGCCACCAACGUGUUAGAUCUUUCCAAGAACCACAUCUCCUCCCUUGAUACCAGCCUGCUCGACCGUCUCACCGGCCUCCGAGAGCUGUAUCUUCAAGGGAACAGGAUCAAUAUUCUCCCCAGAGGCGUAUUCUGCUGCGGACCGAUCUCAAUCCUUGAUUUGAGCAACAACCUCAUCAGCACCAUAGAAGAAAGAACAUGUGACAACCUGUGCAAUUUAACUCAAAUCGACCUGAGCGGUAACCCCUUUGAGUGCGACUGCGAGCUGUUCAAGCUGGUCAGAUGGCUGCAGGAGAGAGGGGUACGGGUUCGACGCCCAGACGCCAUGCUUUGCAACCAACCGCCUGAGCUGCGGCACCAGCCCCUGCUCAAUGUCAGCCUGCACACCCUAGGCCCAAACUUUGCCGCUUGUCUGGAGGACAGCAGCAUUGGUGGAGGUGGGCGGAGCGAGCUCGUCAUCUUCUCCUCCUCCACACCGGGGAACUUCACACGUGAACAGUGUAACAGCGUGUGUUUCGCUGCGUCGCAUCUCUACGGCGGCCUGGGCACCAAACACGAGUGUCUGUGCAGCAUCAACUCGGAGCCCAACUUCAUCAGCGAGUCGCAGUGUUCUGCUGCCUGCACCAACCCCGACGUUAUGAAGAAAUGUGGCUGGACUCUGGCUCACGACGUGUUUGCCGUGGACUUCUCGGUCGCGCUGAAGCCUCUGCCGCUGCAAAGUGUUCACGACCGCAUCGCUUUCUCUGCCGCCUCCUCGGUGACUCCGCUGACGCUGUCCUGGGACUUUGGUGACCUUUCAACCCGAGUUAACACGACAGGGACAGAGGACACCAUAGCAACCCACAAAUAUGGACUUCCAGGACGGUAUGCAGUCAGUUUGAUGGCCUGGGCUGGUCAUAAGGAGGUCUCUGCACGUGGAGAGGUGACGGUGACUCUUCCUCCUAAACUGGAGCUGCACUGUCCAGUCCUCGCUGUGGCCAAUAAGAGUCUGGAGUUCAAACUCGUCAGCUGGGGCGCUGUUGGUGUUAAAGUAGACUGGAAGAUCAUGAAGGAUGGCGUCCAAGUUGCCAAAGCCUCCCCUCACUGUCCAAAGGAUGGGGUGUACCAUGCCGAGUCCUCACGCUGUUUCCAGAUCGUUCCAGGGCAGUUAAGUUGGACAGACGCUCGACAGCAGUGUUUGGACCGCAGCGGGGAUCUGGCAAUAGUCAGGAGUGACGCACUGCGUAACCUGCUGGCACCCAAAGUCCCACAGGAUCGAAGUGUGUGGCUGGGCCUGAGUGAUGUUGACUCUCCAGGCUCUCCAGGAGAGGAGGGCCUGCCGCCUCGAUCCCCCAUCUCCCGUGCAAGAUGCGUUUUCCUCGAUCAGAAGGGUCAGACCAGUUCAUACCUAUGCAACACCAAGAGAGCCUUCGUCUGCCAAUACAGCCCCCAAGUUCCUGUUCCAGAUGCAGGAGUCUACGUUUUGGGUCUGACUGUGUUUCCCACCCAUAAGCCUUUGCAGCAUAUCCCAACUGCUGCGCUCUCUACUCCACAACCUUCCAGCAGUGGCAUAGAGGUUCUGCUGUUCCCAGCUCUGAGCUUUGUUCAGGCAGGUCGUCUCUCCUCCCUGGAGUUUGUCACUCAGGAGCUCAGUUCACCCAUCCACGUGCGAUUCCAGACAUACAGCCCUCACUGUCAUUACCCAGGCCAUCACCUGCUGCUUCCCAGUUGUGGAGGUCAAGCGUGUGCUCCGGUGGCUGUUUGUGUUAUUAAUGACACCAACAGCAGUGAUCCUCCGUCUUGCCCCCGCCUAGAGCAGUGGUGUCCCUUUCAUCGCCGCUGCCUGCCUCUCUCGAGUCCUUGUCACCCAUCAUCCUGCCCCAACUGCACCCAGACUCACCGCCUGCCCCCCGGGGCGCUGAGGCCUCGAUACACCCUGAAGUACGAGGUGGUGUUCACCCUUCCAGCAGGACCAGCUGCUCACAUACAGGUACAAGAGGAUUUGGAGGACAUCCUUGUUUCACCUGGUGAUGUCAUAGCUCUGCAGCACAAUGCCGGCCCUACCUCUCUUCUCCAAUGCCAAUCGUCCCCACACUCACUUUGGCGACAACCUGUUUUGGCCCUUAACCAAUCGGACUGGUUCUGGAUUAACAACACCAGACACCAAACUGACGCCUCAGUGGACCGUGACUCUGACCCUGUGCCCGACCCGGAGCUCGACAUAGAGGCUCUGGUGGAGGACGGUGAAGGAGGCUGGAUGGAGGAAGUCGUCUGCCCCGUCAGAGUUCUCUACGUGGGUCAGAGUGAGACUCAGCUAAAGGGGGGACAGCUGUCUGCUGGUCUACCCCAGCCCGGACUCUACAGCCUGAUGGUGACGACAGCUGAACCAUCGUACCACGCCUCAGCAUCAUGCCCAUUGCGGGUGGUUCCUCCUCUGGGCCUGACAGUCCUCCACCCUCCCUCCCGGAACAGCACCCUCUACUUGCAGCCCAACGACACCCGGCUGCUGCUCCGUGUCCAGUCUCGCUACGUAACAACUGUCUCUCUACAUGGAAGUGAUCGGACCGCGGUCUUCCAGCCAGACUGUUCACCAGAGUUUUCCUCCGGUCCAGCUCUCUGUAGACCAAGCCCCAGCUCAGGGUCCGGGUUGGACGUGGCGGAGCCCAGCCUGUAUGCAGUGCUGGAUCUGAGCCUGAGGUUGGAGGAACAGAAGGGUCCAAUGCAGGUGGAGUUGGAGGUCUAUAAUAACGUGACUGAGGCCAGCCUGACUUUGGUUGUCCAGCUGGAAGAGCCGCUCCGAGGACUGAUGGUUCAGCCCCACCCUGCACACAGAGUGCUCAUGGAGUCAGUCGUGAGUUACACAGCAUCCGUGCUGGAAGGCUCCAGUCCUACAUUUAAGUGGACGGUGGAUGACAAGCCAUACUUCACCUAUUACAACACCGUCCUCAAUGUCAUCUACCAGCACCCGGCCGUCUACAAGCUCACCGUGACAGCCAUAAAUCAUGUCAGCUCCCUCACUGAGCAUUUCAACGUGACUGUGGAUCGAAUGCAGCCGAUGGCCAACCUCACAGUGAAAGGUGUUCCCGAUGUUGUUCCUCAGGGCUCCACACAGACCCUUACCACAACUGUGCUCCUGGACAUGUCUGUGGCUGCAACCUUCAGAUGGUCGUUUGGGGAUGGCGGUUAUAAGGAGUUUGAGUUCAAGCCUCCCUACUCCCCCUCCCUCCUAUGCUCAGAGUCGCCCAAUCAGGUCCUAUUAAGCAACAAUGUCACCUAUAUCUACUCUCAGCCAGGAAUAUACACUGCACUGGUGUCGGUGUCCAAUCGUUAUGAGAACAUCAGUCAGAGCAUCAACAUGAGUGUCUACAGCAUCCUCACUCGGGUGGAUAUACAAACAGAGCCUCCACUCCUCCUCACCUGCAAAGCAGCAGAUUUCGAGGCUCACCCUUUGCCCUCACCUUAUGGCAUUCACUACGACUGGCACUUUGGGGAUGCUUCUUCCCCGCAACAAGGUCGCCGCGUAGCACACACCUUUGCACAGAGCGGCGUCUUUAAUGUCUGUGUGUCAGUAAACAACACCAUCAGCUCUACUAAGGAGUGUGCAGAGAUGUUUGUAUAUGAGGAGAUUGAAAAUUUAACAGUUGAAAGUUCAUCCCCCACAGAGCUUCACAGUUCAACUACAGUGUGGGCACACCUUGCUUCUGGGAAUAACAUCACCUGGACGUUCUCUAUGGGCGAUGGGACUAUUUACACAACAUCUGCGCCUCAUGUAUCACACGGCUACAGAAAAGAUGGAAACUAUACAGUGAAUGUGACUGCCAUGAAUGCUGUGAGCUCUGGCUGGACACUGGUACCAGUGCAGGUGUUUGUCUUCCAAGUUGUGAAGAUGGAGCCAUCUGGAUGUGUCCAAGAGCGGACUGCCGUUAACUUUGAAGCAUGGGUGUCCGGCAACGCAUCAGCUCAUCAUUACGAAUGGAGCUUUGGUGAUGGAAGCCCCAACGAGACACACCACGGCAACCCCAGAGUCUUGCACACAUACUUGACAAGCGGGAACUAUCACCUCUCACUGCUUCUGUCAAGCGGGAUAAACAAGGACACCAAAGCCAACUUCUUCAACUGGGUGUGUGUGCAGCCAUCUUUAACCACCAUCAGCCUUGUGCUUGAGAAAACACAAUAUGCUGUUGGGGAGGAGAUCCAGCUCCAAGCCAGAGCUCAGCCAGAAUUUCACUAUGGUUACAAGUGGGACCUUGGUAGGGAAGAGGACUUUUUGCCAAACUGUGGUUCUGAAAAAAUGGUGACAACAUAUAAAAACCCUGGUCGUUACAUUGUGUCAGUCAUUGUCUUCAACAACAUUUCCACCAUUAACACCAGUGUUGUGUUUGAUGUUCUGACACCAUUAGGACCCAUUCUUAUUCAACAUAAUGGCACUAAGUUUAACAACCUGACUCUUGGUGCACCAUACUAUUUCACAACAUCUUCCACAGCUUCUAAUGUCACUUAUGUCUGGAACUUCGGAGUCGGAAAUGUGAUUAAGGGCCAAAAUGUCCUCCACACCUACAAGACCUCUGGAAUCUACAAUGUUACAUUGACAGCUGCCAACACUGUAAGCAGAAAUGUCACAAGCUUACCUGUUGCUGUUCUUGCGCCAAUCCUUGGGUUGACCAUCAAUGCAAGCUUGGUCAAUGUGCCUCUUAAUGCCUCGGUCCACUUUGAGGCCCAAAUGGUGGAGGGAGAUGGAGUUCGGUUCUCUUGGAUCUUGUGUGAUCGCUGUACAGCAAUAAUAGGGACCCACACCAUGUUUUACACCUUCCGCUCCGUUGGGACUUUCAAUAUUAUCGUGACGGCGGAGAAUGAUGUUGGAACUGCACAAGCGAGCAUCUUCCUGUUUGUCCAACGUGAACUGGAGGGCCUGCAGAUUUUAGCAGAAGAGGACACUCGAGGAGAUGGAGGCCGGGGGUUGGAAGGUUUCUACUUUGCUACCAAUCGUGUUCUCCACCUAAACGCUGGUUUAAAAGAAGGAACCAACAUGACAUUUACUUGGAACCUCAUCAGAGAGCUUGACCCCGUCAGUUCCAGCUUUAACAUAAGUGCAAAAACAGUGGCAGUGAACUUCUCCACACCAGGCCGCUGUGACAUCUUUCUCCAGGCAGCCAACCUCCUUGGUCAGCUGUCUGUAAACAGAACUAUCAACUUCCUGGACCCAGUUGGACAUCCACACCUAGAGAUCAGCAACAAAAAGAUUGCCAUCAAUGCUUCAACCAACCUGACUGUAUUGACUCCUGAUGGCUCGGACCUGCAGUAUCGCUGGUCUGUGAAUGGGGAUGUUCUGCAGUGGAACGAGCCAUGGAAGACCCAAAGCUUCAGUAGUCCUGGACUGAAGCUAGUUACUGUGGAAGUUUUCAAUGAAGUGAGCUCAGAGAUUGUGUCAGAGGUCCUCAGUGUACAGGAAUUAAUUUCCGGUUUAAAUUUUUCAGCAACCAAUGUGACAGAGCAAGGUUACGUAGCAACCAAUGUCAGCCUUGUGCUCCAGGGGGAGGUACUCACAGGAACCAAUGUGACGUGGACAUGGCUGCUAGAGGGAAGGACAGAAACUGGAAGGAAAACCUCUCUGAUUUUUAAUGAGCCAAAAACAGCCGUCAUGUCUUUGAAUGCCUCCAAUGAUGUCAGUGGACAGUUGGUUUCCAGAGAGUUCUUUGUUCAGGACAAGAUUCAGGGAUUGGAACUAAGGGCGAGUAAAAAAUGCGCAGCAGUCGGUGAGAAAGUUGAGUUCACUUUUUCCAUGGGCGCAGGUACAGACGUCAGUCUCAUCCUCAGCAUUAGCGGCGACGCCACUGUCAUCCCUCAACCCAACCAAAGCUAUGUCCAUACGUUCAGCAGGGUGGAUACAUACAUGGUGAAUCUGACUGCUCACAACCAGGUGAGUUCUCAGAGGAGGAACCUCCAGGUCCAAGUGAUGGAGCCGGUGAGUGGACUUUCCAUCACGGGAAUCUCUGCAGCAAUCCCUGUGGGUGAAAAGAGGUUUUUUGUGGCCAACAUCGUCAGAGGCAAACCAGUUUGUUUCCUGUGGACCUUUGAUCUGCACAAACUCCACAAGACAACAAUAUUUGGCAAAGAGGUGUCCUACACCCCAGAAGUAGAAGGCGUAUUGACCAUCCACCUGAAGGCCUUCAACUCCCUGCCUAGUCAGUAUAUCACCAAGUACAUCCUGGUGCAGAACCUGCUGACUGCUGCCGUCCUGUAUGCAACACCACGGGACACUUUUAUCAAUAAGACAGUGACGCUGUCGACCUACGUUUCACCCAGCUCUAACUCUGUGGAGUGCUUGUGGGAUUUUGGUGAUGGUUCAUCUCCAGUUCAUACCAACAACACAACUGUGGAUUAUAACUUCAAAAACCCUGGGCACUUCCUCGUCAAAGUGAACUGCAGCAACCUGGUGAGCUGGGUGUUGGCCCAAGUGGAGGUAAACAUCAGUGUAUUGGAGUGUGAGGAGCCAGAAGUGCAUGUGGUUCAAGCCCCUCGCUUGCCCAUAUGGCGUUACCAGCCCUCUUUGGUGGAGGCCAGUGUGGAUCUGAAAGGCUGCCUACGCUACGGAGCUCAAUACCUCUGGCAGAUACUUUCAACACCAUCAUGUGAUGAUGACAAAAACCACGUUAUUCCCUCUGGGAUGGAGUCUCAGCCCUCCCGGUCUUUGAUGAAACCAAUAAUUCGCCUGCCGGUGGAGGUGGAUGUGCAGCGGCUGCAGCUGUCGUUGCCUAAGAUGGCCUUGCCAACAGGGAACUACACCUUAGUGUUUUCUCUGUCAUACAAAGGUGUCCCACUGAGGAAGGCUGCUUGUAUACAACUCAGCGUCAUGGCUGCCAGGCUGAUGCCGAUUAUAGAAGGGGGCACCUACAGAGUGUGGUCGAGAACACAAGACCUGCAGCUCAGUGCAGAGCAGUCAUACGACCCCAACAUGGACCCCGACAGUCAGUCACUACUCCACUACCACUGGGAGUGUCAAAGCACAUCCAAGGGUCCUGAGCACUGCUCCACUCUUAAUUUCGGCCUGGGCUCCAGCGGUCCAGUUCUGGGAAUCUCUGGCUCUGAGUUGGAGGCGGGUGUUGAAUACACUUUCAGGCUGACCAUCAUUAAAGACGGCAUGGCACCAGAGUCAACCACACAGACUGUGCUGGUGCAGAGUGGUCAUAUCCCCAUGGUGUAUCUGGAGUGUGUGUCCUGUAAGGCUCAGUCCAUCUACGAGGUCAGUAAGAACUCCUACGUCUACCUCAGAGGAACCUGCACCAACUGCCAGGGCUUUCAUCGUGGGCGUUGGAGCGCCAUGACGCCGAAGAACGAGACUCUGGUCCUGGACUCCUCCUCCACCACCACAGGAAGUGACGGCAUGAACCUAGUGCUGCGCCAGGGUGUCCUGCAGCACGAGAACUCCUACAUCUUCACCCUGCACGUGACCGACGGCACUCUGGACGGUGAAGGCGCCGCCUCCAUCACUCUGCACCACAACAUGCCCCCGUCUGGUGGAGAGUGUCACCUGAGAGGGGGAGGGGAAACAGGGAUGGAGUACGGGGACGCAGAAGUAGAAGGCUUGAGGAUACGCACGCUGUUGGACAGGGUACACUUCAACUGUUCAGGUUACAGUGAUCUUGGGGUCUCAGAGACUCCUUUGCUCUACAGUCUGCUGGUGACGCGCUGCAGAGAAGACUACUGCGAGGACUUCUGUGUGUACAAAGGCAGCAGCCCCGAGCACUCUGUCUUCCUGCCCCCAGGCUUCAGCUCAGCACGAAACCGUUUAGCCGUCUCCAUCACAGUGGAGGACCACCAGGGCGCUGCCAGCCUUGCACUCAACAAGUCCAUUGAGGUUGUGCUACCAGAUCCGCCCCCUGAAUACAACAGCCUUCCUCACUGGCUGUCGGAGCUGACAGACACGACACUCAAAAAGCUGUUGGAGCAGGGAGACUCCCAGAGGGUCCGAGAGUUAUCAUUGGCUUUUAUUACAGUUCUAAAUGAGUAUGAGCAGACCAGGAAGUCUGUGCGCGUGUCACGAGACGAGCGCAGUGACCGGGUCAGAGUCCGAAGCAACAUCACCAGAGCUCUGACCGCCCUGGACCUGACCACCGUCAGUGACAUCCAACAAACCUCGGCUGCUUUAGCACAGUGCACGGCGGUGAGUCGGGAGUUCAUCUGUGAGGAGUGUCAGAACAGCACACUGAGCAAGCUGGAGUCCAUGCUGGAGAUUCUGCAAACUGACACCAAGCAAGGCACCGUCACUCCUACUGAGAUAGCUGACAACAUCCUCAACAUCAUGGGUGAUCUGAUCCAUCAGGUCAGCCAGUCUGCAUCCCAGUCUUACUUCCAGCCCCCCUAUAUGGACUCCACCUCGCCCCACUUCACCUCCACUUUUUCUACAAUCAGCGAGGAUCAAGGAGGCCCCCUGUUAGACCCCUCCCCUUCCUCACUGGAGCCACACCCCUUAAGAGUGGCGGCCAAGGCCUUCAGCCUGUCCUCUGUCCUCAUGUUGAUCCUCAUGCACGCUCGGGUCCUCAACGAGGAGCCGCUAGUGCUGAGGGGAGCUGAGAUCGCUGCCACGGGGAAACUGGCAGACCCUCAGAGCCUGCUCUGCUACCAUGGCAACAACAGUCCAGAGUGCCAGCGGUUCUCCAUCCCCCGAGCUUUCAACAGUUGUCUUGGCAAAGCUGCAGCAGGAAACAGCAUCAUGCAACUACUUUUUCAGGUGGAGUCCAACCCUUUCCCCUUUAACUACGUGGAAAAUUACACCGUCUCCACAGAGGUGGCCUCCAUGGAGUUCCGCACUGAAAACGGAACGCAGAUUCCCAUCUCCGGACUGGACGACAGUCUCGCAAUCACCGUUGCAAUUAACAACGGGUACAGUGCAGCGGAGGCAGGUCCUGAGGGUGCUGGUACUGGAGGGGUCCCCACAGCUGGAGCUGUGAACAUCAGCCACUGUGACUCUGUGAUAGUCAAGAUCAGCGCGGGAAACACCAACAGGCAGGCGGGGCUGUUUGUGCAGCUCAACUUCACCUCUUUGCACGGUGUCAGUGAGAAGGAAAAAGCAGAAGAGGAGCCGUACAUCACAGCCUACCUUCACUCACAUGACAGACCCAACGAAUUCAACUGCACAGACAGAAAACAGAUCUCCCUCAGUAUGACCAGGGGGCAGGAGCUGGACCACAGGAAAUACACCUUCUUCCUGUCGCCUGAGUCGUACGACACCACUCUGGACUACUUCAUCAACGUGAGCACGACCUGCAGCCCCAGCUCCCACCCGGUGGGUGUUCACCUGGAGGUCGGUGUGUUUGCCUCUCUGUGUCAGUACUUCAGUGAGAGUGAGAAGCAGUGGCGGACAGACGGCAUGGUGCCUCUUGCGGAAACCAAUGCCAGCAGGGCUGUUUGUCGCACCAGACACCUCACAGCUUUUGCUGCAGGCCUCUUCGUCCCAGCCAACGCUGUCAGCUUUAAAGUGCCGGAACGCUACGGUCCACCCAGCCUGGUCGUCCUGUUAGUGUGCGUGUUGGGUUUACUGAGUUAUGUGGUGGCAGCAGCCAUCUUGCACAAGUUGGAUCAGCUGGAUCUACGGCGAGCUGCUGUGGUUCCACUCUGUGGGGGAGAAGGACUCUUUAAGUAUGAGGUCCAGGUGAAGACCGGCUGGAGCCGAGGGGCUGGCACCACGGCUCACGUGGGAAUCAGUUUGUACGGGCGCGAGAGCCGCAGCGGACACCGACACCUCGACAGCAGAGGAGCUUUCACACGCAAUGCUCUCGACAUCUUUCAUAUCGCCACAGAUACUAACCUGGGCAGUGUCUGGAAAAUACGAAUCUGGCACGACAACAAGGGUCUGUCCCCAGCCUGGAUGCUCCAGUAUGUUUUGAUCAAAGACUUGCAGACAGGAAGCAGCUACUACUUCCUGGUUGAGGAGUGGCUGUCGGUGGAUAAUGAGAAAACUGACGGACGGGUGGAGAUUGAGUUGGAGGCCUCUGAGGAGGCUUUGCUUCUUGAGAUGCCCCGCCUCCUGCGCUGUGAGCUGCAGAGGGCGCUGUGUGAGAGUCACAUGUGGCUGUCUCUGUGGGAGAGACCUCCCCGCAGCCCCUUCACCCGCCUGCAGAGAGCCACCUGCUGUGCUGUGUUGCUGCAGCUCUUCAUAUUCGCCAACACGCUGUGGUACAGCAUCGUUGUGGACAAGAGAUACAGCUCUCAGGCCGUGUCGAGGUUGUCUUCACUGAACGGCGAGACGGUGGCAGCAGGUGUGGUGACCUGUUUGAUAGUGUAUCCUCUCUACCUGCUCGUCUUCACAGUCUUUAGAAUGAGCCGCAGUAAGUGCGUGACUGUUGAGCAGGUGCAGCCACAAUCAGACCAGGAGUCUGUGGAGAUCGAUGACUUCCUGGAAAACUCCAUGAAUGGAAGUUCCUUCCUCUUCUUCAAUGGCGAGACCAACUCAGAGGAAACCAAUCUGGAUUUUCCCACUCCAUCAACUAAAAGUGUGGAGAGCUGGGCUAUGGCAGAGGAGGAGAUGGAGGACAGGGAUUGGCCAGAGUGGUUGAGUGACGGAUCCGUGGUGGGAGGGGCGGGGCAUGGGGCAGGAAUGCCCAGGCUUAAGAGGGGUCAGGGGAGUAGGCACCUUGGUGUGGACAUGGCCUUCAACCCUGACGACGAGGAGGGGACCGGAGAACGCAACAAAUAUUUCACCUCCUCAGAUGAGGAUCUGAUCAAACACAUCCUCACAGAUGGACAGAACUUCUUCCCUCAGGCAGAUGAAAGUGAAAUGGCUGAUCUGUCCAGCAUUUUGGAUGACAAGACUGAAGUGAUCCUCCUCCAGAGGCCGAAUGAAUUUCUUCCUCCAGGAGCUCUGAGAAGACCAAAAACGGCUUUCACCUCGAACACAGAUGUGUGUCGCCCCAGGCGGUUUCCUCCCUGGUGUGGACGUGCAGCCCUCUGGGGCAGCUGGGCGGGGAUCGCUCUGGCCAGUGGUGUUUCCAUUUGGGCCGGCCACGGAUUCAGUCAGAAUGUGGCCAUGAUGUGGCUCAUCUCCUGUUUCUCCAGCUUCCUGUCCUCCUGCCUGGUGCUCGAGCCCAUUAAGGUGUUGUGUGAGGCUGUUUACUACGCUGUGUAUGUGCAACGCCUGCGUCCAGAGGACCAGGAUGUGCUGGUGGAGUUCCCCCGGGUGGAGAGAGUGGUCCAACGGGUGCCUCGGGUGAGACCCCCACAGGGCUUUGCGUUGUCUCAGGCCCGACACCAGGCCCGCAAGGUCCACAUGCUGUACACCAUGCUGAAGAAUUUCCUGGUUUACAUGUUUUUCCUGUUGGUGGUUUUGCUUCUCAACUAUUCUGACUCAGCUAAAGACACACACGGCCUGAGACUGCGCACUCAGCUGCAGCGAGCUCUACAUGCACCUGAGUACCACAACAUCAGCAGCCGAGGUGAUGUUCUCCUGUGGCUGAACGGGUCCUUGUUGCCACGGCUACUGGAUGACACGGCCCUCUUGAGAGACACAGGCAGUGUGUUACUCGGCACGCUGAGGCUCCGUCAAAUCCGUGACAUGCAGGAUGCUCUUGGUUCCUGGGCAGGAGAGAGUGAUCAGGGAAAGGAACAAUCUCUGAGUCAAGGCGCUGAGAACGUGUCUGCUUUUGGAGCUAACAAUACAAAAUGGGGGUGGCGUUUGGAUCCCAUCAGUGUGUAUAACAGCGGAGAUGUGGUUCAACAGCUGAACAGAAGCCUGGAGGAGGCCUCGUCCUCCUUACAGCAGCUGCAGCAGCUGCACUGGCUCGACUACAGGACUCGCGCUCUGUUUGUGGAGUUCUCACUCUACAACGUCAACACAAACCUCCUGGCUGUCUUCUCCUUCCUGUUUGAGUUCCCUGUUUCUGAGCGUGCUCAGUCCAGCUUUGACCUCUUUGUCAUCAGUUUGUGGCCAAUCACAGGCCUGGACCUGCAGCUCCUUCUUAUGACCAUCCUCAUGGCGCUGGUCUUGUACUUCUUGGUUCGGGGGAUCUUGGGCUUCCUCAGAGAAGGCCAUGUGUACUUGUUCUCAGCCUGGAGGCUCUUGGGCAUCUGCAAACUGACUCUGGCGGCAUCUGUGUGCGGCCUACACCUGAGCCGCUGCACCAUGGCAUCGCAGCAGUGGGCGUCCUACCUGAAGCACCCACGGGACGCCUUCACAGACUUCUACCCUCUGGCCCGACAGAGUCAGAUGUACACCGUCAUGUCUGCAUUGCUGUUGUUCAUCCUCGUGCUCAAGGCCUCCCACCAGUUGCGGUUCCUCAGAGAGUGGGCCGUGUUUGGCAGAGCUCUGCGCUGCUCGGUCUGGGAGCUGCUGGGAGUCGCCCUGGCGUUACUGCUGUUGGUGCUGGCUUUCUCACACACAGGACACCUGCUCUUCCACUCUGUAUUGGACGGCUACGGCAGUGUGAGCUCUGCCAGUCAGUCCCUGUUGGGUGCUGGUGGACGUGGUCUUCUGUCAUGGCGUCCCACCUGGAUGACUACCGGUCCCUCCAACACUGUGACCUCAUUGAUGUUCCAUGCCAGCUUUGCCAUACUUCGGCUGGUGUUGCUUUGGUUGCUCACAUCUGUGUUGCUGAGGAACUACCGCCGUGCAAGAGCGGAGCUGUACCGUCCCGCCGGGGAUCUCCAAGACUAUGAGAUGGUUGAGCUGUUCCUGCGACGGCUCAAAAUGUGGAUGGGGCUCAGCAGGGCCAAGGAGUUUCGUCAUAAGGUGCGUUUUGAGGGCAUGGAGUUACCACCAUCUCGUUCGUCUUCUACCAGCGAUUGUAAGUCCCUGUGCCUGCCACCACUGGACCGUCCUGACUCCCCUUCCACCCCAGACAGCGUUGAUGGAGGUUCUGAGGCCUCGUGGCGCCCUACUUCUUCUAGCCCCUGCAGCCUGACAGAAGCCCCUGGAAUCGGCCUGGGACUCGGGCUGGGCCUCGGUUUGGGGCUUGGCCCAGGAGUGGUGAUGGGAAGUACCAGCUGGAGGGAGAGAGCUGAGACCGAAGCCUCUCUGAGGAGGCUCCUUCCUACCCUGGACGCCCUUCUGCAACAGCUUGACCGUGUCACUAUUGCCACCGAGGAUCUUUACCACGUGGAGUGUAAAAUGGAGCGAUCCCAGAGAAAAAAGAGGAGUAGAGGGCGGGAGAAGGGAGAUGGUGGUGGUCAGGGAGGGAGAAGUGAGGCAGGGCAUAGAGCAAAAGGAGAGGAGAAGGACGCUACUGGAUGGCGAGAUCGAAAAACUGGCAAAGAAAAACAAAAAGGGAGCAAAAAGGGGAAAAAGACAGAUAAAAGUGAACUUAGAAAAGACUGUGGAAACACCUCUGCUAACCCCAAAAAGACUACAGAAGCCACACAUGCUCCCCUUAUAAAGCCUCAACCUUCCCCUGCUACUACACAAACCCCUGCUCCUCAAUCAUCAACCAAACCUUUAGCUAGUGCACCUCCGCCUACACCAGUCAAAGAUAAAUCUGCCUCUGGCUUUUCCUCUCCCGUUUCAUCAGCGAACACUCCCCCUUCACGUGUCCCACUACCCAAAACACCCACCGCACCUCCAUGCACUCCUGCACCAACCUCUUCUUCUUUUUCUACCCCUGCCCCUACGCCAGUAGGUGGGGAUUGGGACCCGCCCACGGAGAGAGAGACCUUCCCUUCCUCCAGCCUGUUCAACCACCCAGCUCACACAACCACAAUACCUACACGCAAGCGAAAACGCAAACCCCCACCCCUCAAAAACAAGGUGCAUCCCAAUCUAGACAGGCAGGGCCCUGGACACCCAAAACCUUGAGGACUCUGAACAGAGGAAAAAUAAGGCGGAGAAAAUGUAUUAAAGAGUAAAUGCUGAGUUAAGGACAUAAGGAAGACGGGGGCAGCAGGUUUUGCCCCCAUUUCCUGAUAUGAAAGAUAUAAAAAAAAGCAGUAACAUAAAACUAUGCAGGUUUAUAAGCAGUGUUCUGACCAAUACCAGUUCAGUUCUCUCUGAAACAAGGUGCAGGUCACCAGAUGGUAACUAGAUUGGUUUUGGUCAGGCAAGUAAGGGCCUACAACGAAAACCAGGAACUAUUCCUUAAUAUCUUUUCCGUAGACUAAAACUGAUCCCAUGUGACCCUGGUGGUCUUGUGGGGUCACUGACAGGAGCACAUGCACGUGCUCACCAGAGGACCAAACCAACUGAAAUGCAGACAAUGCAAUCAGUCUUUUUUUUUUUUUUUUAUCCCAGAAGAAGAAUUGUGUUGAUAUCUCAGUUAUGUUGUCUGUCUACAUAUUUUUAUAUUUUGGUCACCAUGGGUACUCGUGACCUGUCUGAAAACAGUCAUGUUUUUAUAACCCACACUGCAAAAACUCAAAUCUUUCAUCUAAUUUUUACUCAAAAACAUUCACAGAAAAAAAUAAGGCCUGAAGUAACAUUAUCUGCCAGUGCAGAUUAGUGUCUAGAAGGGAGAUGUACCAUCUAAAUGAACACAUCUCACUUCAAGGCACAAACCAAGUCAAAUGAGUUAGCUGCACUGGCAGAUUAUUUGAUUUAUUGUAAGCAAUUUAGACCUUGUUUUUUUUGCUUAUUAUAUCUUGAAAUUAGAUUUAUCUGGACUUGUCAGGUGAAUGCGGCUUGUAUUAAGUGUAAUAAAAUAUUUUAAAAGUAGAAAUUAGACAAAUGCUCUUGCUAAGAUUGGAGUUUUUGCAGUGCAUAGAUAUACGCACAUGCAGGUACACACAUGCAUAGACAUAACACUGUAGGCACAGAUGGGCUCAUUGUAUUGUACCUGCUGAGGUGCAGGAGCGAACAUCAUGAAGUAUGCAAAUACACACAUAGGGUUGUUGAUGAUCCUAGCAGCCAGGUAUUCAGGGUGCAUAUAUUACCAUCCUCAAACGAAACAUCUACAGAUGAAGGGGAGUAAAAAAAAAAAAAAGAUAAGAAGUUGUAACAUGUGGUUGAAGUGCAGAAAAAGAAAGCGCAGGAGUGUCUGCAGGAAAACGGACAGAAGAUUAGAAAUAAGAAAAAGGGAAGUUUAGUUGGAAGCAGGUAGGAAGUGCCUUCACUUACGACAUGAACAUGUAUGCAAGUUUUCCCAUCAUGAAGCUAUAAUGACUCCAAGUCUGAUGAUCUUUUGAAAAUAUAUAUUUUUUGUAUUUGUUGUGUUGAUAAGGUUGUAAUGUAAAAGCACUUUUGUUCUGGUGUAAAUUGUUUUGUUUUUUGGUGAGGCGUGGUGCAAAGUAAUAAGCUUGGUGUCUUACACCGCUAGAGAGAGCUUCACUCAUACUGUAUCUUAACUAUAAACGUUGCCAAAGCUUCUGCGUCCUUCAUGCAUUCUGAGUGUUACCAUGCCAUGAAAUUCAUUCAUUCGUUUUGUACUUAGCACUUUAUUUCCUAAUGGUAUGAUAUCCAAUGCCAUAUUUAACUCCCAUGUGUCAAGUGUUCAUAUCAUAUGUUAACAGCUACAUAAUAGAAAUGUUUUUGAAGUAUUAUCAAGGUGUUACGGCCGUCGCUAGCAGUUGUAUUUUUUUUUCUUGGUCGAUUUAAUCUUACUGUGUUUUUUUCCCCCAAACGUCUUAUUUUGAUUAACAUAUGUACUUCCUGUGUUUAGUGGGCAGAUCUCAGGGAAUCCACCCCCUUUCCCCCCAAAACCCCGUAAAGACAUCCAGGAUCACCAAAACUGGGGGUUUAAAAUGUUCUUAGGAAUUCAAUGAUUCAUCUUGUGUUCAAAUUCUCCCAGACUUCAUGUUCGCCCUUCUCUCAGCCAAAAACUGGACGGAGUAAAACUUUCCUAAAACAAAAGCAGAAUGCUGCAGGUACUAACGAGCAUGCCGAAGUGUGUUUUAGGCUUUUUGUCCUUUCAAAUCCAAACAUUGAAUCAUGACUUCUAUCUUUUCCUGCCCGAUGAGUUGCAUGGGCUGUGACGCGUCAGGAUUUCCUGAAAAUAAAUGGAAACCGAUAUUUCAUCUGUAGGUGUACAUUUCUGUAUAUGUUGGUGCUUUGUGGUGUAUUUAUAUUUUUUUGCUUUUCAUGAUCAGUAUUGUUUAUGUGCUGCAGAAGCAUAUGCAUAGGUCAAGCACUGGUGUUACCAACCCCAAAGAUUUCCAUUUCUCCACUCUAACUUAAACUUUACAGCCAAAGCGCUUCACACAUUUCAUUCAUGCUUUACUAGACUUCAUACUCCUGCUGUGUGUAACAACACGGUGCCAAAGUCCAGCUUCCUGUCUCUUUCCUGAUGCUUUUUGUUUAAAUUGUGUUACAAAUGCAUUGUUGAGUGUUUGUCUUCGCUCUUCUUUGUAUCUCAAAUAUGUAUUUUGCAGUUGUAGCACUUCUCCUGCUUUUGCACUUGACAAAGUCAAAUAAAGAGUUUGACAGCUGAACUGUGCAUAAUAAAAUGGUUUGGGUGUCCGAUUCUAAAAUCCAA